AAAAAAAAAAGGGGGGACUAUGCAUCGCUUGCUUAGCCGAGACCCUGUGGAUAUUGAGAAAAACAGCCUGUGGUUACAUAUAAGAUGACUAUCAAAGGCCCUCUGGUAAAGCUUAGUUUGAAAACUGAAGAAUGUCUCUGAGGAAUAAUGGUCUCGCAGCACGAUGGACGGCAAUUGCAAUAAGGAUAGAGAACAUGCAGAGAAGAAUAUUUUAGCUCUCAACCCCCGUGUACAAACUCAUGCAUCUUUGAAUUCAACUGCAGCAAAGAAACAUGAGAAAAAACACUGGAAAAGAAAUGCGGAUAAAAGCUGUUCAAACUGUGAGAAACUGGAACAUAAUUUUGAUGACAUCAAGCACACGACUCUCAGUGAGCGUGGAGCCCUUCGAGAAGCAAUGAGGUGCUUAAAGUGUGCAGAUGCCCCCUGUCAGAAGAGCUGCCCAACUAAUCUAGACAUCAAGUCAUUUAUCACAAGUAUUGCAAACAAGAAUUACUAUGGAGCUGCCAAAAUGAUCUUUUCUGACAAUCCACUUGGACUGUCAUGUGGGAUGGUAUGUCCAACUUCUGAUCUUUGUGUGGGUGGAUGCAAUUUAUGUGCCACUGAGGAAGGACCAAUUAAUAUUGGUGGACUACAGCAAUUUGCUACAGAAGUAUUCAGAGCAAUAAAUAUUCCUCAAAUUAGAGAUCCCUCCUUGCCACUACUGGAAGAUUUGCCUAAAUCCUAUUGUGCUAAGAUUGCUCUUCUUGGAGCAGGACCUGCAAGUAUAAGUUGUGCCACGUUUUUGGCUCGAUUGGGCUAUUCAGACAUCACCAUUUUUGAAAAGGAAAACUACGUUGGCGGUUUAAGCACAUCUGAAAUCCCCCAGUUCCGGCUUCCAUAUGAUGUAGUACAUUUUGAAACUAAGCUUAUGAAGGACCUCGGAGUGAAGAUCAUUUGUGGCAGAGGCCUUUCAGUGGAAGGACUGACACUCAGCGCUUUAAAGGAUGAUGAUUACAAAGCAAUCUUUAUUGGAAUUGAUUGUUAUUACUCCAGUAUUAUUCCAGGAGUUCAAGAUGGCGUUAAAGAGAGCGACUGGCUGAAUGUCACCAAAUGAAUUUCCAUGGCUGAAGGUUGAGUUGAAGCUGAGUCUCCCCAAUGCUAGUCCAACAUCUUAACCACUGUAACCAACUGGUUCUCAGUGUGUGUUUUUUUCUGGAACGAUGAAAUUAUGAAACAACAUUAGCUUUGGCAAUAGAUGCUAUGUUACA